AAUUGUUGCCGAUUUUAUCCUAAUCAAUAUAACGGAAAGAAGGGCAACUCUUAAUUGAGGAUUGUCCUAAAAAUAUCAUAUUCCAUCUAUUUUUAUCGGCAGAUUGUUAAAUUUAUCCAUCCACCUUCCACUAACUGGCGCCGACAUACUUCAGUUCAAUCAUGGCACCCAAACAAAAAAUCAUAUACCCAUGGUCUCGUCGAAACAAUAUAUUCGAUCCUCCGACCCCUCUUGAUUCUCUCCUCGAAUCUCCACUUCGCACAUUGAUCUUCUAUCUCCACACAAUUCUCCUCUAUUUUCGAGGCGCAUCCUUCAAACCUCCUCGCAACAAACCUCCUGUUCGCGUCGUUUGCAUUUCAGAUACCCAUUGCAAUACAUUACCGAUUCCCCAUGGCGAUCUUUUAAUUCAUGCUGGAGAUUUGACCAAUGCCGGCACCGUGGAAGAGAUCCAAGCGCAAAUAGAUUGGUUGGAUCAACAACCGCAUAGAGAGAAAGUGUUUAUUUGUGGAAAUCAUGAUAGUUAUUUUGAUCCCAGGUCGAGGAAAGAAGGAGAUAGGAGGAAGAAUUUAAACUUUAAAAGUUUACAUUAUUUGGAGAAUAAAGCUAUAACGCUAAAAUUCAAAGGGGGGAGGAAACUGAAAGUUUAUGGAUCGCCGGAUAUCCCUCAAUGUGGUGGUUCUGAUUUUGCGUAAGAAACUUGUGGUUUUCUGUGUGGACUUCGAAUGCUAAUUGUACCUGAAUUUAAUAGUUUUCAAUAUCAAAGACAUCAUGCACCGUGGGAAAAUCGCAUACCGAAGGACACAGACAUCCUAAUUACACACUCUCCUCCUCGACACCAUCUUGACAUCAACCUAGGUUGCAAGUCCCUACUUGAAGAAAUAUGGAAGGUUAAACCUCGACUUCACGUCUUUGGACAUAUACACUCCGGACAUGGCCGUCAAGCUGUAUUUUGGGAUAAGGGACAAGAGGCUUAUGAGAGGCUAAUGGAGAGAAAGACAGGAGGUUUGAUUAGGGACCUGAUACCUAGUUUAGCAUGGGUAGAUGCCAUGAAAGUGAUAUGGUAUGGAGUGAAGGGAAUUUUAUGGCAAAGAUUAAUGGUUGGCCCAGCAGGUGGUAAUGGUGGACUGAUGAUCAAUGCUGCAGUUGUGUAUCAAUCAUCGACGGAUAUAGGAAAUCCAGUCGAGGUGGUAGAGCUAUGAGUAAUGAACAUAAUGGGAAUUACGUUGCUACUAGCAGGUAUAUUAUGGAGAGGACAUGGAAUUAUGGCCCUCUCAAGUUCGUGACCGAGAUAUGACAUGUAAUGUUUGAAUCUGAUACCAUAGCGAUAUACCCUCU